AUGAUCACCGCUCUCAGCUCCGCGGCGGCGGCCGUCGUCGACGCCGGCAACUCGUCGCAGGUCUCUGAGGAGUUGCAACAAAACAGGCACACCCGCCAACGCUCCAGCUCGGGGUCCUCUUCCGGAUCAUCGUCCCUCAUCUCAUACGAUGAUCAAGAAGUCGUACAGUCCGAGCAGCCCGUCAAAACGACGCGGCAAAAGGUCGAUCGUCGGCCGCCGUCCACUUUCGUACGUCACUUCUUUGCAAGUUCAGGUCCGAACGCCCUGGGCCGCCGUUCUCCCCGCCGGGAGGCCUGUGCUUCCCCAGCUUUCAUCGCAGCCGAAUGCCAUAACGUUGGUUUUGGUAUAACUCUUCGAUUGCGGGUGUUGAAUGUUGUGGGAUUGGGAGCACAAUAGGGGACGCUUCGCUCGUGGCCGCCCAGGCCAGCUAUCCGUCGCCUGGGGUAGUGGUCCUUCUUGAACCCCGGCCCUCCUUCCCCCGCGCACGAUUUUUUUUGCAAAUCGACGGUGCUGACCCUCACCUCAUUCUUGGUCGAUGCCAUAGCACAAGAAAAAGCGUACGGAAAUGACGCUAGCCGAGAACCUGUGCCACAUCGCCACCUGCCCCGAUGUCAUGCACGAGCUCAAGGUAGGGCCCACACGCUUCGGGGCCUCUAGCCUGUGGUUUCUCCAUCCCUCGGCGACGCGCUGACUCGGUUCCGAGUCGGUCACUCACCCAUCACCCGCAGGAUGAGUCGUUGGACCGCGGUCCUAUUCCGACACGCAGCUUGUUGCUCGAGAACGUCUUUAUCAUCACGCGUGGAGUCGCCCCCAUGGUCAUUCAGCAGGCCGCGUACCACUACUACCCCGAAUCGAAAUGGCCCUUUUACGUCGCCUACCCGUUCUAUCUCUUGUCAUUUAUCGGCUUUGCCGUCGCUGUCUUGGGCCGUCUGAACCGAGCCUGCGUCGAGUACGGUACCUUUGACGAGAAGCAAAUUGGUCGCGAUCGCACCCCGGACAAGGUAGGAGUUUCCUAAUUUUGGCUUUUAUUGAUGGUAUCUGACUUUCUGCUACGCUUCUUUACGCUUUCGUUCCUGUUAGGCCGUCAAUCAUCUUGCUGCCGGCAUCCUUGGUGAGUUACACGUGGCUGACCACUCUGAUAGACCCCAAUCUGCUAACCCAGCACGUGAGGGUGCUCGUUUCAUCUGCGUCCAUGCAGCCUACAUGUUUGUCCGGACCGGGAUCGCGUUCUUCCUCUACUACGACAAGGAGGUUGCCCCUCUGAACCAGUUCACCUGGUCUUACCCGUUCCGUCUCAUGGCGUGGGAGAUCGUCUUUGUGAGUUCCAGAAUCUGGGAGGGCUUGCGGAUAAAGUGGUUCCUAGCUGAUGGCAGCUCCUAUUCCCCAAUCUAUCCCAUUCUUGCUUCGCCAACCGCGUCUCGGGUCUGUUCCUACUGCAUCGCCACAGGACUACUUUUUCUACGCGUACCACCGCACUACCCAUGAAGUCGACAGCCUGUGGUUCGUUCACCAACACCACCACACGACCAAGCACCCAACGGCGAUCCUCAGCAUUCUCGCCGAGACCUACCAAGAGUACCUCGAGGUCCUGCUCGUACCCCUCGCCGCGACCUUGGUCGUCAAGCAAUCGUUCGCCGAACAGUACCUGACCUUUUGCUACACCAUCUACGUCGAGAUGAUGGGACACUCGGGCGUUCGGUAAGCACUGAGACCAGUGAUGGCGCGAUCCGCCGCGCUCGUCAACUGGCAAAUCCCUCCUCUUCACAAUCUGCCCUCAUCGGCUGACAUACUUUCCUUUCUUUAAAUCGGACAAAGUUGUUACUGGUCCCAUCCUAUCCUAUCGUUCCUCAAAAUGUUCAACAUGGAACUAGCUGUAGAGGAUCACGACCUCCGUAAGCUCGCAGCUUCCGAGCAGUCGGUGGCCGCUUUGCCGAAUUGGCUGGCUGAUGACUCUCCGUGCCUUUUCUAUCACACCGGAUUCUUCUGUACCGUAUAUCUCGCCUCUAAAUCUUCAGAUCAUCGGGGUGGAAAGAGCGGGUGCGUCCAAAUCACUGUUGAUCGAAUGACUGCACAGAGAAUGCACGAUUGCUGACGGUGUCUCUCCGACUCCCCCACAGGCGCAACUACGGCAAGCAAACCCGCGUCUGGGAUCAGAUCUUCGUAACCGGUAAGUGA